CCCGCGCUCUGCCGCCACCCCCAUAGCAGCCCGGCCCUCCGUUCUGUCCUCUCGCCUGCUUGCCGGCCGACUUCGCUCAGACCGCACGUUCACUUCAGUCGCGUUUUGAGAGUGAUAGGUCGUGUACGUUUUAUCGUAUAUCCCCUUCCUGCAUUUUAUAACUUGAUCUAAAAUGGCCUGCUCAGUGAGUGACACCCCCUCCCUGAAGGAUCUGCCUAAAGUGGCCACAGACCUCAAGAGCCAGCUCGAGGGAUUCAACACGAGUUGCUUGCGCGAUGUUGACACCAACGAGAAGAUCGUGCUUCCGUCUGCUGAAGACUUAGCAAAAGAAAAACAACAUACAGCACUACUGCAAGAUGUAGAGCAAUUUCAAACAUCCUCACUGCGGCGAACGAACACCGUUGAAAAAAUUGUGCUUCCGAAUGCAUUAGAUGUUGCCACAGAGAAAAACCAAAAGUCCUUGUUCGACGGCAUUGAAAAAUUCGACGCUAGCAGGUUGAAGCACACAGAAACCCAGGAGAAAAAUCCACUGCCAGACAAAGAUGUUGUAGCAGCGGAGAAGGCACACCAGAAUCUCCUUGACGGCGUGGAACAUUUUGACAAGACACAGAUGAAACAUGCAACGACCGAAGAAAAGAACCCCUUGCCGCCCAUUGAAGCGAUCGAAGCUGAGAAGGAGAAGAAUAAAUUCUUAAACGGCAUCGAGAACUUCGACCCGAGCAAGCUGAAGCACACCGAGACUUGCGAGAAGAACCCGCUGCCCACCAAGGACGUCAUUGAACAGGAGAAGACGGCUUGAACGUCCGCAUCCAUUGCCCGCAAUUAUAUCUCGCUAAUAUCGCCGUAUUUUAAACUCGAUGUAAGUUAAUGACCCCGUUUGCACUGUCCUAUCAAAACGUCAAUAAAUACUCAUCAGGGUUUCUUUCAAGUUCUUUUUUUUUUAAUUUUCAAAAUCUUUAGAAAGGAAUGGUUAUACCAUACGUCUACUAUAUUUCUUUCUUUUUUUUUUUCCCUUUUCUAUAUUAUUAAGAAGGAUUUUAUUGUUCCAAUACGCACGUGGAAUUGACGAUUUGUCGGCGCAAGAUAAAGAUGCGGUUCGUGAAAAAGAUAUAAUAGAAAUAAGUUCACUUUUACGGAAUGAAACCCUGAUUUACACCAUCUGGCCUAAGUCAUAAGCGAAGAGGACUGCAAACUGGCUCUUAUCAUUAGUUUAUAGGAACCAAAUUUCUAUGUCACUGUAACGUAUAUAUUUUAAUAAGUGUAUUUUAUGAGCAUUUUAUAAUUUAAUUUAUAUUAUAUUGAGACGGAUAAUUAAGUAUUAAUGAUAUUCAGUACUGAUUUGUGUAGGCUGAGAACACUACAAUUUGAAAUUUGUUUUGUACUCUUUCGUUUUGUGCUUGUGUUCUCUAUUUAGUUCGAGGUAUAUUAAGUAUUUACGAGAUCGCCUGUAGGUAUGUACGUGAUGCCUCUGGUCAAUGAAUAAAUUAGAAGUGUAGUUACCAAAACACAAUUUGGUUCUAAAUUAUUGUACCGUGAUUGUAAUUUCUCUAUUGAUAUUUUAUUAUGCUGUAAAGUAAUGUCAUAAUGUCGACAGAGAAACGAAUGAAAAAAAAAGAAAAAAAUUAAAAAUGACAGUAAGUACUCUAGUAAUAUUACUUGCUCAACUGUGUACGAAAUAGAUAAGGUUUGGUCUGAUUUUUAAAAAAGCAAUAGUUUGUUUAGUUUGAUAAAAUAGUGUAUAACAAUAAUAUUUUAUAUUGUCAUAUAUAAAUCAAUAAUUUUCCAAUUUUAUAAUAUGCUAUCGAUGCCAAUACUUGAAACAUUUUUACCGGAAUUUUGUAUGUUUUACAGACGGUGCUUUUUUAUAAAUAUAGAUUGAAAAAUAAAAAUAAAA